AUGCGCUUCAAACUAUUCGGUUUCAGCCCCGAGGUUGAGACUAAGUAUACUGCUGCCUUGGAGAGCGGAGGAGCAAUACCAUCCAAGUUCUUUGGGGUGGAUUCAGGGUGUAGUCAUCUAAUUGUAUCAACAUAUGACGUUAACCAUGAUAAUGAGUGGUGCACCAAGGGAGAAAAGGGUGGAGCUGCAGUUGUUAAUGACCUUUGGUUGGACCAUUGCCUCAAGCAAAGGCGCUUAAUUCCUGCUGGGAAGGUUAUCUACAAACCUUUUAUGAGAGGUGGAAUCCUGGUUUCCUCAAAGUUACAUAUAUGCUGCUCGGGCUAUCAACAUGAAGAGCUUCAAGAUAUCCAGAGAAUGGUUCAUUUGAUUGGAGGCAAUUUCCAUGAGAAAUGGAGCCGAAAAGCUACUCAUGCUAUAUGCAAUAUGUUCAAUGGUGAAAUAUACGAGAAAGCUGAUGAACGUGGUAUUCCAAUCGUGAAUCACAGUUGGCUUUCGGACAGUCUAAAUGCAGGGGUCAUUCUUCCAUGUGACAAAUAUUGUGUACCUGGUCAGGAAGUUCAGCAAUGUGAGGAUAAUUUCAAAAGAGCAUAUGAACAUCUAUCAGAGACUGGUCAAACUGAGAUAAAAAGCAAAUCAUCUGGAGCAAAAACACCAGAUGGCAGAUCAAUAAGCAUUAGAGCAGACAGGUUAACACAGUCAACGGGUAACAAAAAGCUGAGGGUUGAAACAAACUUCAUCUCUAAACCAAAGAUCGUCCGUACCUUGCAGUUCAAGUCCGACAAGAAGACUUCUCUUGAUAACUAUGUUAAACCCGACGACCGGGUUGUCUCCAUCAUAUACCCAGAUGAGGAGAUCCCUCGGGACUUAACUGCUCCAAUCUUGAAAAGGGUUCUACGGAAAUCAUAUCUUCCACUUGGCCGUUUGCACGUAGAGAAUCUAUCCCUAGGAGGAAAGUUCGGCUGCCACAACUUUAUGGUCUCUGAUCCUCACGAGACUGUAGAGCUGUGCGAUGUCAUUACAGAGGAGCUGACACCUGAAGGUAGAAAGGCAGACAAGAAGGCCUUUGUGAAAAUGGUGAAGGGUCUUUUCGAAUGGGUGCCAAGGGAUGUCAGGGUCUGGUUGCAGAACAUUGAGGAUGGCUGGGAUGACGCUCUUCUGAUGAAUCACAUCUACAUGUUUGACUCAGACUCAACAUUCGGCCAGUUCAUCACUUUGUACCAAGGUGUGCUGAAGCUGAAGGAGAAGGGAGGUCAGAAGUACAAAGACUUCAUCGAGCUUCCUCGCAUGCAAAGCUACAACGGUUGGCAUGCUAUCGGGUUUAAGUGGAAAAUUCUUCGUGCUAACAUGGACUACAUAGAUCCAAGAGAAGAACAGCUCGAUGUACUUGAGAAAGCAAGACUGGAGCUGAAGAGAGAGAAGGAUCCCUCAAGGAAGAACGUGUUUGGUCUCCUGAGGACAGUCAAGAAUACUUGGUCGCACCCUGCGAGGCACUUGCAAGAAUUCUUCCUAGCCAUCAUGAUUAGUGAGUACUUGCAGCUACUAUCGGAUGUCCAGAAAGCACUGUAUGACUGUGGGUAUUAUGGACAGAAUCUGAGCCUCAUGGACUUCCCCUGAGCUCCACACGAAAAACAUCUAGAAAACUGCUGUUACGUGUACAGGUCACAGGAGCCUUCGAGUGUUCUGAAUGAAGCACGUUGAGAACUGUUGAUAUGUGUAUAGUAUAGGUGGUCACUGAAGCAUCUCCCAUGAAGACUAGGGGCACUGACGUUGUGCAGAAUGUCACAUGUUUGUUUUGCUGGUAUAGCCAAGAUAUUUCGUCGUUGUUUCAUCCUAUUUGUUUCAUUCUGUCUAUAGCUUGUAAUGAACAAUUAGGAAAGGAAAAAGAGAGGGAAUGAAUC